AAAACAAAAAUAAACAAAAGUUCUAGGAGUUUGCAAGGUUUAUACUAAGUUUUUAGUUAUUUUAAGCCUCAUGCAGUUUAUUAUGUUUAGUCUCCUAUUUACCUUUAUAGGAUGAAGACAUUCCUACUGCUGAAACAGUGUAAACAUCAGCUUAUAAGACACUUCAGUGAAGCAAUGUCCAAGCAAAGGAUAGCCGUAUGUCAGAUGACGUCGGUGGCUGACAAAGCUGCCAACCUGGAAUGUGUCAGCCAGCUGAUCAGCAAUGCGGCUAAGGAAGAUGUCAAGAUGGUAUUUUUCCCUGAAGCGUGUGACUACAUUUGUGACAACAACCAAGACACAUUGAAGUUUGCAGAGCCGAUUGUAGGUGGCAGCACUGUCGACAGCUACAGACAACUAGCUGUCAAACACAAUGUGUGGUUGUCAAUGGGAGGGCUACAUGAACAGAUUAAAGAAGACCCAAAUAGAAUAUUUAAUACACACAUUAUAAUAAACAACACUGGUGAUAUAGUGCAGCAAUACAGAAAACGUCUUCACUUCGAUAAACAGAUACCGGAGAGGAACGUGCGGCUCAAAGAGAUUGAUCUUUGCAGUCCCGGACGGCAUAUUGUGGCGCCCGUGGACUCUCCUGUCGGGAAAAUAGGCAUGGCGAUUUGCUACGACAUGAGAUGCCCGGAACUAAGCACGGCGCUGACUGUACUCCGAGCCCAACUGCUGACGUUCCCUUCUGCCUUCACACAGGCCACGAGCAAAGCUCAUUGGCACAAUAUAUUGAGAGCACGAGCGAUAGAAAAUCAAUGCUACGUAAUCGCCGCAGCACAAGUGGGUACACAUAAUACCAAGCGGCGGAGCUACGGGCACGCGCUAUGCGUGGACCCGUGGGGCCGGGUACUGGCUGAUUGUGGGGAGGAGACAGGGUACCGAGUGGCUGAAUUGGAUCUGGCGCAGUUAGAUGAUGUGCGGAGAAAUAUGCCUGUGUUCAGUCAUCGAAGAAAUGCCGUGCACUCCCUGUACGCUCUGAGCCUCCGCACCGAGAGCCUAGAGCCGGCGGGCGCGGGCGCUCCGGUGCCGCCACCGAAGCCCCCGGGGCCCUCCAGGCAGUUCGGCCACCUGCAGAUACCGGAUACAUGCGUGUUCUACACUAGUGACCUGACUUACGCCUUCGUGAAUAUACGAUGCGUGACGCCGGGACAUGUGCUGGUGGCGCCCUGGCGUUGCGCGGAGCGAAACGAAGAUCUCACGGACGAAGAGGCCCGCGAUUUCUACGCCACCAUACGACUCGUGCAAAAGUUAAUGGAGAAAGUCCACAAUACGGAAUCGUGUACGAUGACCAUACAGGACGGUCCCGAUGCGGGACAAACGGUCAAGCACAUUCACUGCCAUAUAAUGCCGCGGAAGAAGGGAGAUUUCAUACAGAACGAUCUCAUAUACCUGGAGCUCACCAAACACGACCAGUUCCAGUCGAGCCAUCCGGCCAAGCCACCGCGGAGUUUCCAAGAAAUGGAGGCGGAAGCGGCUUCGCUCAGAGAAUCACUACUCACUUUGGACACUAAUUCAGGAUUUCGCAAUCUUAACUUGCCCUAGGAAAUAUUAUUCGAAACUCUGCGUAGGGGGCGCCACUACCACAAUCUGAGGGUCUAUCGCGAAACAAGAAAAUCGAAAUUUCGUUAUCUAACAUCUCUGUCACUCUUGCAUAUUCGAGCGAUAAAGAGGCAGAUAGCGAAAUUUCGGAUUCGCAUUUCCCGGUAGGUCCUCUGUAAACAGACCGCCUUGAUGCAUCAAUGUCAUAUUUUAUUAUCUCUGAAAACUUGUCAAAAAUCUGUUAAAGGUACAGUAUGUAUAAGUUACUCUAUUUACUAAAAAGGCUAGUACUGCACUCUGGUGGCAGAACAUUGCAGUUUGCAGUAAUACCCCUAUUAAUUUUAGACUAAGUGUGUAAGUGUAAAUAAUUUAUUAAUACACUUACUUUCAUCGUGUCUUAUUUUUAUUAAUAGUUAAAUACUAUUUCUGUAUAUUCUUGGAAUUGGUAAUUAAUAAAUAUAA